AUGUUCAUGGUGGAUGGUAUUGCGGAGCAGUCCAUGCAGGGUCUCAGAUCAUUUGGUUUGUCGAUCGGGAGGAUCAUGCAAAUGGUCUUCUCAAUGGAUUUGAUAGACAUAUCCGCGGGUUAUCCAAAUCAUUACGGCCGUUUCUGCUAUUCCCAGAUCACCAAGACCCUGAUCGACUAUAUAUGUGGGCAUGCGAUGGAGCAGGCAAAUUCCAAAAGCUAUACUCAAGGAAACCGGUCAAGCCUCAUGCCGGCCUAUCUUCAAUACAAGCUCCGCCGGGGGGAACCGAAGGAUCCCUUCCCUGAAGACAAAUACGCAUUCAGCUAUUCUGAAGUGACCCCGAGCCCUAUACAAUUUAUCAAUUACCGCACCGAUAUUCUAUCGUAUUAUAAGGAAGCGUUUUUUGAUCUCGAGGAGGGUAACUUUGUGGCUAAUUCAGCUAAGCAGCGGGGUUUAUCGGAUCUCGAGGUCUUACAGGAGCUUGCAGCCGGCGGUGUGAAGGCAAUGAAAGAGAUAGAUGAGAUACCGACGGACCGACUGAUCAUUGAACGUGUGCAGGAAUUUAGCAAGGGAUGGGUCAUGUUCGGCACAGCGCAUCGUUCAUAUGGCCUGGUUAGGAUGUUGGAGGACCACGACUUGCAGCCGUAUAGUGAGGAUUUCUAA